AUGUCAUGACCAUAAAAUUUUAAGUAUUACUGCUCGAGUUUAUGCGAAAUAAAACUAUUUUCUAACCUAAGAGACGGAGCUUACAACACAAUAACCGUAUAAACAUCUAAGCGUCCCUUAAUUUUUUUUUUUAAAUUAAAUUAUUAACGAUUCUAAUAAUUAAUUAUAAUCAAAUUUCUACUUAUCAAUCGCAUCACAAUAAAUAACUUUCAUAUUUUUUUAUGAAAUUUGUCUGUAGCAAAAAAACAUUAAGAUGUUUCAAUUAGUGCGUAUUGUUUACAAAACGCGGAUCGAGUCUCUGAAUUGUUUUAAAAAAUCCACGAAUUUUCGUGUUAACAACCGAGUGAUAACGACUAAAGUUGACAUUAUACCCGAACUUUUUGCAACAGAAAAAAAAGACAUAAACAAUAAUAUUAAUAAUAAAGAUGAAGUAAAUUAUUACCCUAAUUGUGACACGUCUAUUUGGAUGAGGUCUUGUGAGAAAGAAGUUAUUGAGCCAAUUAAUGGGAAAACAUAUGGUGUAGUUCCUAAAUGGCUGAAAGGAACUUUAUUGAGAAAUGGCCCAGGUAAUCUCAAAGUCGGUGAUUACUCAUUCGAUCAUUUGUUCGACAGCUCUGCGUUACUUCAUAGGUUUCAUAUUUCGGACGGCAAAGUGACGUAUCAAAGAAGAUUUAUCCAAACGGAUGUAUACAAAAAAAACCAUCAAGCCAAAAGAAUUGUUUUAACCGAAUUCGGUACUCGGGCGGUUCCGGAUCCUUGCCAAAGUAUUUUCCAUCGAGUUUCCGCAAUUUUUAAUCCAGCUGACAAUGCAUCAGACAAUACAAUGAUAUCAGUUUACCCGUUCGAUGAUGAAUUUUAUACAUUUACGGAAUUUCCAGUCGUACAUAAAAUAGAUCCAGUUACUUUAGAGACCAAAGAUAAAGUUAACUUAUCUAAAUAUGUGGGGAUUGUUAAUCAUACAUCACAUCCGCAUGUCGUCAAAGAUGGCACUGUUUUUAAUGUUGGGUUGAGUGUUGGCCCCACAGGACCUGCCUACAGUGUUAUCAAAUUUCCAAUUAAGAGAAAAAAUGACAAAUCAAUGUUUGAAGAAGCCGAAAUAGUUGCUAGCGUCCCAACUAGAUGGCGGAUGAAUCCAUCGUACAUGCAUACAUUUGGGAUUACCGAUAACUAUUAUAUUAUUAUUGAGCAGCCAUUGGCUAUUUCCUUUACGACGAUGUUCAAGUGUCAUUUGAUGAACGAACCACUUUGUACUUGUCUAAAAUGGCACGAUAAUGAAAAUACACUUAUUCAUAUAAUUUCGAGAAAAGAUGGAAAAUUAAAAAGAACAUUUACCGCUGAAAAAUUUUUUUUCUUUCACACAAUAAAUCAAUUCGAAACACUUGAUAACGAUUACAUUGUUCUCGAUUUGUGCUGCUAUAAAGACGCUAAAAUGCUUGACUGCAUGUACAUAGAUGUGAUUAAAAAUAUGCACAAAAAUCCAAAUUACGCAGAAUUAUUUCGCGGGCGGCCUUUACGAUUCGUUUUGCCAAUUAGUCAACAAUCUGAUUCCCAUUUAACGCCCGAUGAUAAUUUAAUUAAAAUUAAUACUGUACAUCAGAGUAUUAAUCAACAGUUUAUCGAUCUUAACAACAACGACAACAACAUCAACAAUAAAAAUAAUGAUAACAAUAACAAUAGUCAAGACACAAAAGAUAUUUUGAAUCGUAAAUCAUCCGCCCAUUUAAUGCCCAAUGGCAACAUUUACGUAAAACCAGAACUAUUAUGUGAUUUAGGAUGCGAAACACCGCGAUUUAAUUACGACCGUUGUCUCGGCAAAGAGUAUCGUUAUUUUUAUGCAAUAUCUAGUGAUGUUGAUCUAGAUAAUCCCGGAACGAUCAUUAAAGUUGAUACUGCAACUAAAACGCGUCUUACGUGGAAUGAAAGAGGUCUUUACCCAAGUGAGCCGAUUUUUGUUCCGGAUCCUAAUGGAAGAGAUGAAGAUGACGGUGUGAUAGUAAGUGCUGCAGUAUUUGGUAAAUCGAAUGAAUCAGAUAUUUGUUUGAUUGUAAUUGACGCAAAAACAAUGAAAGAAAUCAGUAGAACUGUUUUUUCAACACCUGGGCCGGUUCCAAAAUGUCUCCAUGGCUGGUUUUCAAUGGACAAAUAAUUAAAAUAAUGAAAUAAAUAAAUUUCUAAUUAAGUAAUUAUUAAUACCAACUAUAAUUAAUAAUAAACUCAAAUAAAUAUAUGUAAAAAAUAAAAUAAAUUAUUAUUUUUAAUGUC